AUCCUUUUAGACAACAGGUACCUGUGAAGGAGAACAAUGCAAUAACAAGCAGGUUGUCGGAGCUACAGAGAAAAGAUAGCACUGGAUUUAUCCUUAUUUCCCCUUUAGGGGUUCUUCACCUUUCAGACUUUGGUCUACCCUUCUCCAACCCAGCUCCUAAAGUGACACCUCACAGACAGUUAUUUCUGGAUGACCCUACAUCAAAAACAGACUCUCAGAAGCUAUAGAUUGCCAUCUUCAAGGCUGCUUUCCAUAUGCAGGUAACCUAAGAAGGCCUCUUCUGUAACAGUUCUGCUCACUAAUCUACUAGAGAGACUUAAUUUUGCCAGAAAGCUCCAUAGGUUUCUUUGUCGUGGACAGCCAUUCAGUGCAAUAUUCUUUUAGGAUUUAUUUAUUAGGAGUUUGCUUUCAGGGCGAAAACAUAGACUUCUGAAGUUGCGUACCACCAUUUAGAGGGUGCAUUUUUUGAAUUCGUGUCUUCAUUGAUUUCUACCCAGAACAACUUGUCUUUUGAUAUAGCUGCCCAUAAACCACCAUCUUUGGCCCUCCUGGAGGGCAGCAGAAGAAAAAAAAAACAACGAGGUGUGCAUUUUAUAGCCGAGGUGAAGGAUAUCCAUAAUGGCAUCUGCAGGGCUAGAGAUCAUGGCAAUGGGCCUAUGUAUCUUUGGCUGGUUGGGGACUAUCCUUUCAUGUGCAUUGCCCAUGUGGAAGGUUUCAGCAUUCAUCGGAAAUAACAUUGUUGUGGCGCAGAUAAUCUGGGAGGGACUGUGGAUGAAUUGUGUUGUACAGAGUACUGGACAGAUGCAGUGCAAGAUCUAUGAUUCCAUGCUAGCCCUGCCUCAAGAUAUCCAAGCUGCCCGGGCCCUCAUGGUUAUCUCUGUCGUGCUUGCUGUCCUGGCAUUGUUGGUGAGUAUUGUUGGAGCCAAAUGUACCAACUGCGUUGAGGAAGAAGGUGCCAAGGCACGUAUUGUUAUUACCUCAGGUGCCUUCUUUAUCGUCUCAGGACUUCUCGCUCUUAUUCCUGUCUGCUGGUCUGCCAACUCCAUCAUCCGUGACUUUUACAAUCCAAUUGUGGCUGAACCUCUCAAAAGGGAAUUGGGGGCUGCUCUAUAUAUUGGUUGGGCAGCUUCUGCCUUACUACUCCUUGGAGGAUCACUCCUGUGCUGCUCCUGCCCACCACGAGACAACCGUUACCCAGGCCGUAUUGCAUAUUCUGUUCCAGCCAGAUCUACUGCUCCACCAGGCAGUACAAUUGACAAGCGGGAUUAUGUAUGAGCAGUCGUAGUGGUGAGGUAGUGAUGAAAUUUGUCAGAUACUGCAAGACCCAAACUAGGAUAGGCAUUAUUGGCCCAAGGACUUCUGGAACAAGAAGAUAGGACAACCUCAUCAGUUUGGGUUCAGCUAUGAUAUCUGGCAAUUCUGGCGUGUUGGUGCAUGUAUAUAUAUGUGCGUGUAUGUGUGGGUAUACAAGUAUAAUGAGUGAUAUGAGUGACUGAGGAAAUGUGAACAAAUAAAGGGAUAUGUGAGAGAAUGAACAAAUCUUUUUAAAUGAGAUGAAUACAUCAGCAAACUCAAGGGAAAUGCAGGAACAAUUAGGGAAGCUGAACAAACAAGGGCAGGUUUAGGACAAGUAUAGAGAUAAGUUAACAGUGCAUAACAUGUUUGUGGAGGUGAGAAAUAAAGAAGUAGAUGAAGAAGAAUAGAAACACCAUGGUAGCUAUGGCUUUGCCACCUGGAGAAUCAAGUACUGCUGCUAUCCCUAGCCAAAGUAGUGGUCUUCUCCUUUUUCCUGUUGUCCCUUCAAAGAGUUCAGGCUGUUCCUUCUCUUGGAAGACUGCAUUGUGAGACACAAGGUGUGCCUUGGGCUUCUAAAUCAGCUGGAUGUCCUCAUAAGGGGGCCUAUCAGGAACGAUGAAGUAUGAGUUAAAUUUCCAACCAGUUAACUUUUGAAUAGAAUGUUCCAUAAUGAAAAUUGAUUAGGAACUGCAGCAGAGGAUCUUGAAGGAAAGAGAUUAUUUAGAUCCAUUUAAGUUAGGUUUCAGGCUGUAUAGUAUAGUACAGUAGAGUAGAGUACAGUACAGAACAAUAUACAGAAGAGAUGGGAUUGGUGGUGCCUGCUGAUGAUUUUUGGGGAAGCUGGGAUGAGAGAAGUUCUCUUGAACUUCAGUACUUUUCAAUACCAAUGAUUGCAGUAUCCUCCUGGACCAGCUGCAGGGUUUGGGGAUGGGAGGCAUGAUUUUAUAGUGGUUAUCCUCUUUCCCAGUGGUCAGCUCCAGUCAGUGUUUGUGAAGGGGAUGUUGCAUCCAGAGCUCCUUGUUUCUAAAGUGUGUCAGAGCUUGAUGCUUUUCCCCGCUUGUUCAGCAACUACCUGAAAUAGUAACAUGAGGUCAGUAUCAUCAGUAUCAGAUGAUACUCAUCUUGAUCCCAUACCCUUCAGAUGAUGCUGUCGAUGUCCUAUUAACAGUGGUUGUUCAGGUCUCAAUGGGGAGGAACAAAUCCUGACAAGACCAAAUGGCCUAUAUAUAUUCCCUCCCACCCUUGAUCUAGGGACUUUCCAUCUUUAGUUUUAUAUGAGAUAGUCUUUCCCCACUUUAGACUAUAGACAACUUGAGGAUCAUCCUGGAUCCAUAGCUCUUAUUCAAAGAGAGGUAGCAAGCUUUGGCCAGGAGGGUCUUUGUGCACAGAUUCAUCUGUUGAACAAAUUGCUGCUAUACCUAGAUUGGAAAGCCCUUUAGAUGUUCACCUAUUCCUUAGACAGCCCAUGAACUGUCUACUCCAAUAUGAUGCACACCACUCUGCCUUUGAAGACCACUUGAAAGUUACAACUGUUCCAGAAUGCAGCAGUGCAGGUAGUGAUGUUCAUGCUAUGAUUUACUCAUUUAUCAUUGUUGUUAUGUGAGCUGCACUGGUUCCCAGUCUGUUUCUAGGUAUAAUUCUAGGUGUAAUGCUGAUUAUUACCUAUAAAGGCUUUCAUUACCCUACUUAUUUGAUGAAUUGCCUGUUCUGAUAAUUUUUACCUACCUGGUAAGAUUAGGCAGAGAGGAUAUAUUUCCAAUUUAAUUAAGCAGUGUGGAAACCUAAGAAGUACCAUAUUUUUGGGACUAUAAGACGCACCAGACCAUAAGACGCACCUUGGUUUAGAGGAGGAAAACAAGAAAAAGUAUUUUUUUUGCCUUGGUGCGGCCCAUUUUUG